AUGAGGAUCUCGAGGUUUUGUCUUCUGGGGCUUAUUCCCCUAGUAUCGGGUGCUGAAGCUCCUUACUAUGCCAAUCUGACAUGGCAAGGCCCUCGGGAUCUGUUAAACUGGUCGAAUCUCACGGUUGAAACCCAAUCCGGGACAUUCAUUGGAAUGUAUAAUGAUACCUACCCCAAUGUUCGACAGUUUCUCAGAGUCCCUUAUGCCAAGCCCCCAGUCGGUGAUCUUCGUUGGAGGCCUCCUCAGAAGCCCGAAAAAUCAAGCAAGAAGAUUGAUUCAACAUUUUAUGGUCCAGCUUGUCCACAAUAUGUCACCGCACCUUUGAGCAUAUGGAACGAAUAUGAGCCACCAAACCUUCUCGUCAAUAUUGGCGAAAGACUUAACCAGGGUUCGACUGCCUGGGCCUCUGCUGAAGAUUGUUUGUCACUGGCCGUAUGGACUCCCGCAUAUGCCAACCGGACUUCUAAGCUCCCAGUAUCGUUGUUCGUGACUGGCGGUGGUGGUAUCACUGGAGGUAUUGAGAUCCCCUCUCAGCUUCCCACAAACUGGGUCUCCCGAACUCAGGAACAUAUCGCAAUCACUAUCAACUAUCGAUCCAAUAUCUUUGGAAAUCCUAAGGCAAAGGGACUCCCAACUAACGAAACAUCACUCACUCUCCUUGAUGUUCGGGCUGCAGUUGAGUAUGCAUAUGAGAAUAUUGAGGCGUUUGGUGGUGAUAAGGAUAACAUCAUGCUCUGGGGACAAUCCCAAGGUGGAAUUCUCACUCAUCUUUAUACACUUGCUUUCCCCGAUGACCCUAUCGCUGCCAAGUUUGGUGUUAUCUCGCAAGGAGCUUCGCCCUCACUCAACCUCACCACAGCUGGUGAUGUCUACCAGGACUUUCACGUUGUUGCACAGGGUCUUGGAUGCGACUAUGGUGAUGAUUAUGAAGCUGAACUCGAAUGUAUGCGUCAGGUCUCGUGGGUCCAAAUUGAAGAAUACAUCAAUCGUUACAACAGCACCCCACCAAUCGCCUUCACGGACUAUCUUCCCGAUGAGACAUAUAUCUGGAACAAUGAAGAUGCCCGAUAUGCUCUAGGAAAGGUCGCUCGUGGCCCCUCAAUUCGAUCAGAUGUAUCUCGAGAAUUUCCAAGCUCAAAUGAGACAGAGGUCAACCUAGAGGAAGAAGUGGCCGACUGUUUGGCCCUUAAGGAUUCAAUCCUGCGACAAUCGCUCGGUCUUGAAACCCACCGCUACUACUGGGCUGGAAACUUCUCCAACAUCAGUCCAGUUCCUUACCUGGGCGCUUUCCACUGGACGGAUCUUUUCAUGAUCUUUGGCACUUACAUGCUGGACGUUGGUGAAAUCUCCCAGCUCGAGAUUGAUACCUCCGAGACUAUGCAGGAUAUUUUCCUGUCAUUCCUCAAGAAUUCCUCGUCUCUCAGCACCACUGAACAUUGGCCUGCCUUCAACGCAAGUGAACCUAAUGGAGGUACCAUUCUGGAAUUCGGAAAUGGCACAACGAGACGAUUUGUUUCUGGAGAUUGGCUUGAUGGUGGUUGUUACAAUUCUUCCGUUCCAUUCCAGAUUUUCGGAUAG